AUGGGUCCGCCGCCUUCUUCACCCCCUGCUCGCUCCGAGCCAAAAACCCAGCCAGAGAUUAUUCCCGAGGUGCCAGCCCUGUCAGAUCCCACCGUUAUCGAACCGGACACGGAAGAUUUGGAUUCGACCUUUGGUGAUAAUUCGGAUACAUCCAGCUAUACAGCAUCGUUGCUGUCUGAAGUGCGCGACUACAAAUAUGAAAACGGCCGGAGGUAUCAUUCGUACCGUGAAGGGGAGUACGUCCUUCCAAACGAUGACCAGGAGCAGGACCGGCAAGAUCUCUUGCACCAUGUGCGAAACCUGAUGCUGAACGGCGCCCUCGCCCGAGCACCGCUACCCAGAGGGCCAUUGCGGGUUCUCGAUGUUGGCACCGGCACCGGCAUUUGGGCGAUUGAUUUUGCGGAUUCCCGCCCCGACGCCGAAGUCAUCGGCACUGAUCUGAGCCCUAUUCAACCGACUUGGAUCCCCCCCAACCUGCGCUUUUUCGUCGACGAUGCGGAAUCGCCGUGGUCGUUUAGCCAGAACCAGCCCUUUGACUACAUCCACGCCCGCGAUUUGGGAGGCGCGAUUACUGACUGGCCGAAGUUGCUCAACCAGGCCUACGAUAAUGUGCGACCCGGCGGGUGGGUGGAGUUGCAGGAGUUUGAGGUGACGCUCAAAUCGGACGAUGACACCAUGAAGCUAGCGCCAACCCUCUGUGACUUCCUUAAAAAGUUGCACGAGGCAAGCGAGAUGUUCAAGAAGCCGAUGAAUAUUGCAGAGAUGCACAAACAGAGGAUGAUUGAGGCUGGUUUCGAAUCCGUGCAGGAGGAAGUUUACAAGGUUCCGUGCUCGGGAUGGCCCGCUGACCCGCUCUUGAAGGAGGUUGGCAGAUACAACCAGUGUUCGUUGAUGAUGGCCAUCGAAUCGUAUUCGCUCGCCCUCUUCACACGCGUGCUGGGUUGGAGUAACGAAGAAACUCAGGUGUUCUUGGCGGCCGUGCGGAAAGAUGUGAAGAAUCCGCGAGUCCAUAGCUACUGUGUUUUGCAUAUUGUCUACGGCAGGAAGCCAGCGGCCGCUUAG